AGAGCCACCGCUAAAUUGAUGGACCAAUCCAAUCAUGAAGCAACACACAUAAAAGCACGCUCUUUGUCUUUGUCCUCAUGCGUGUUGCUCUAUAGAUCUACCGGUUGAAUCGAUCCGAUCCAAUCAAUAAUUAUUUGUCCAAAUAUAGUCCUACCCCAACAAGACUCAAAUUCUUUUUUUUUUUUUUUUGGUAACAAAAAAGACCACCGAGGAGUCGUAUGCAGAUCUGGCUCUCCUAUCAUCAAUCCUACAAAACCGAAGCCCCUUCCAUGGCCUCCAUGGAUUGAUUUCUUAAUGUUUUAUUUUUUCCCCUUAAUAGCUUUAAUCAACACCCCUCUUGGAGGAAUAAUCUCGAGCACCUCAUGAGAACCAAGCACAUCGUACCCACACAAGCGUACGACCGCAUCAGCGGCCUCCCCGAUGACAUCUGCGGCCACAUCGUUUCCUUCCUCUCCAUGAAGGAGGCCGUGGCCACCUCCGUCCUCUCCAAGCGCUGGCGCUACGCCUGGACCUUCUCCCCCGUCCUCGACCUCGACCUCUCCCUCUUCCCCAAAACCCACGGCCGCCGGGCCGCCUUCGCCGACUUCGUCGACUCCGCCAUCGCCCUCUUCGCCCUCCCCCACCUCACCAAGUUCCGCCUCUCCCUCGACGACGGCUCCGGCGGGCCCGACCCCCGCCUCGACUCCUGGCUCGCCUUCGCCGUCGCUCGCCGAGUCCAAGAACUCGACCUCUGCCUUCCGAGAUCGCGGACGAUGCGACUCCCCGAUUCCAUCUUCCGCUGCGGCUCCAUCACCGCCUUGAAGCUGAGGCUUCGCUCCUACACCUUCGAGCUGCCUUCGCCCCCCGGCCUUCCAGGGCUCAGAGUACUGCAUCUGACGUCGAUAGCCCCGCUGAAAGGAUCCUUCUUCCAAGAUCUCUUCUCAAACUGUCCACUUUUGGAAGAGCUGGUCGUCGAGGAGUGCCGGGUGGACGUUCUUGACAUCGAUGGUGCUCGCAACCUUGCCACUUUGGUGUUAUCUAGAUGCAACUGGGUCCAUCCGGUUCGGAUCCGGGUCUCGGCGCCUCGUCUGCAGACUUUUCAUUAUGCUGGCAGAGCUGCUGACGAGCAUUGCUUGGAGAACUUACCGUGUUUGGAUGAGGUGGUUUUGGGAUUGAGAGCUCCAUCCUUGAUGUGGGAAGCUGAGGGGGACUGCCAGGAGAGUUUGGUCAAGCUUUUCCAGAUGGUCGGCGGUGCGAGAAGUCUGACGCUGUCGUCGUGGUGCACCAAGCAUCUCGCGCGAGCGCCGAGUCUACUGGACAAUGUGCAAGAAGGUGUGAAGCAUUUGGUGUUGUUUAUGGAGUACAGGGAAGACAGUCUUGGAGCGAUAGCUCCAUUGCUGAUGAGCUGCCCAUAUCUGGAAACCCUUGCAGUAAGCGUCAUGCCAUCGCAGUCGAUGCGAGAAGGAUAUGGUAGGGCCAGAGAAAAGCGAAGAGAGCUAGAAAUUAGGAGGAGGACGCGGCAGUUGAAGACCGUUAAACUGGAGAACAUUGAUGUGAGCAAGACUGGGCUUGAGCUGGUCAAGUUUCUGUUGAAAAAUUUGCGAGCGCUCGAGAAAAUGACCAUCGUGCCUUCGAAGGAUGGUUUGGAGCAUGCAAAGUUUAGACGCAAGGUGUCAACAUUCCCAAGGGCCUCUCGGAAUGCUGUCAUAGAGUAUUGCUUCUCUGAGUGAAAAUUUUGGAUAAUUACUUCAUGUUCCAGUUAUUCUCAAAUAUAUAGCUGACUCAUGUGAAUUUCUUUGCUGUAAACAUCAAAAAAUUGGCCUUUUGGGCAUCUGAGAAAGAGUUCAAUGUAUCUGUUUAAUGGGUUAUGUCGUAGUCAUCCUUUUUG